GUGGCGGGGCCCGGCGGUCCCCCCGCAGCCCCGCCCCCGCCUGCGCGCCGCCCCCGAGGAGUCCGCGGGGAGGAGGAGACUCGGGCGCAGAGCGGGGGCCGCGGGAAGCGGGAAGGAGCGCGGGGAGGCGCGGGGCCGGGGCCGGCCCAAGGGCGCCCUCGCCUCGGAGCCGGGCGAGGGAGGCGAGCGCGAAGUUUGGCGGCGGCGGCCGGGCCGGGCGUCCCGGGGUCGCGAGCGGCGGGGCCAUGGGGGCGCGCACGGGCGGCGGGGCGGGCGCGGAGGCGGCUCGGUGCGCGCGGAGCCCCCCGAGCGGCGCGGCGGCCGCGGCGCAAAGUUAGCCCGGCGCCCCGGGACGAGCCCCGCAGCCGCCCGCCGCCCCCGGACCCGCCGCGGCAUGGGCGAGCACCCCAGCCCGGGCCCCGCAGUGGCCGCCUGCGCCGAGGCCGAGCGCAUCGAGGUGCUGGAACCCGAAGCCGACGAGCGGCCGCCCGCGGCGCCCGAGGACCACUGGAAAGUCCUGUUCGAUCAGUUGGACCCUGGGAACACAGGCUACAUCAGCACAGGCAAGUUCCGGAGCCUCCUGGAGAACCACAGCUCCAAGCUGGACCCGCACAAAAGGGAGGUGCUCCUGGCCCUUGCUGACAGCCAUGCAGAUGGACAGAUUAGCUACCAGGAUUUUGCCAAUCUGAUGAGUAACAAGCGCUCCAACAGCUUCCGCCAGGCCAUCCUGCAGGGGAACCGGCGGCUGUGCAGCAAGGCCCUGCUGGAGGAGAAGGGGCUGAACCUCUCGCAGCGGCUCAUCCGCCACGUGGCCUAUGAGACGCUGCCCCGCGAGAUUGACCGGAAGUGGUACUACGACAGCUACACCUGCUGCCCGCCCCCCUGGUUUAUGAUCACAGUCACGCUGCUGGAGGUGGCCUUCUUCCUCUAUAAUGGGGUGUCGCUGGGUCAGUUCGUGCUGCAGGUGAGCCACCCACGCUACCUGAAGAACUCCCUGGUCUACCACCCACAGCUCCGAGCACAAGCUUGGCGCUACCUCACCUAUAUCUUCAUGCACGCGGGGGUAGAACAUCUUGGACUCAAUGUGGUGCUGCAGCUCCUGGUGGGGGUGCCCCUGGAAAUGGUGCACGGAGCAACCCGCAUCGGGCUCGUCUAUGUGGCCGGCGUUGUGGCAGGGUCCUUGGCAGUGUCUGUGGCUGACAUGACUGCACCUGUCGUUGGCUCCUCUGGAGGGGUGUAUGCUCUCGUCUCUGCCCAUCUGGCCAACAUCGUGAUGAACUGGUCGGGCAUGAAGUGCCAGUUUAAGCUACUUCGGAUGGCAGUGGCCUUGAUCUGUAUGAGCAUGGAGUUCGGGAGAGCCGUGUGGCUGCGCUUCCACCCGUCGGCCUAUCCCCCGUGCCCUCACCCCAGCUUCGUGGCGCACCUGGGCGGCGUGGCCGUGGGCAUCACCCUGGGCGUGGUGGUCCUGAGGAACUACGAGCAGAGGCUGCAGGACCAGUCGCUGUGGUGGAUUUUUGUGGCCAUGUACACCAUCUUCGUGCUGUUCGCCAUCUUCUGGAACAUCUUUGCCUACACCCUGUUGGACUUAAAGCUGCCGCCGCCCCCCUAAGGGGCGCAGGACAGAGGUGGGGGCCCGGGGAGGAGAGAGAGCUCACUGCCCGCCUCGCCUGUCCAGGGAGGCCAGAAGGAGACCCCCGGAGCCUCGGGGCCGCUGCUAUAAUACGUGCGUUCGGGUUGGUACAGGCAGAGGAGGCUCCUUCCCCCAGGGUGCCUGCUGAGGAGUUGAGGGUGGCCACCAUCGCUGUUUCUAGACUGUUCUGGAAGGCCUGUGGUGGGAGGAGAGUGGCCUUCCCCUUGGGCGGGGCCUGUUCCACUGCUUCUGGGGUCAGGGGUGGGGCAGCAGCUCUCACCCCACCCUCCACCCUGGGAGACCCUCAGAGAGUCAGCAGGGCUGAGUGGGCAGCAGCCCCACAGGCUCUUGUCCAGCCCGGAGGGACUCAUGAGCCGGGACACGUCCCUCUGCUGCUGUGGGGCCUGGACGAAGCGAUGGUGGCCUGGGGGGACCUGGGAAUGCUUCCUGUGCCUGGGGCUGGGCACGGCGGGGUAGGCAGAGGAGUGAGAUGCAGACUGUGGGGGUCCCUGCCCUGGGAGGGGGGCACCCAUCCUGAUGACCCACCUGGAGGUAAUAAACUUCAUGCCAGUUUCCGCCCCAGCAAAUACCUGGGGCGUUCUCCCUCCCUGCCGCCCCGGGGGCCCACUUGGCUCACCACUGCCCAGCGUCUGUGCCCUGCCGAGGCUUUAGGGUCUCUUCUUGCCCUGCCACUGCCCUGACCCUACAUUGUGCCUCUUCUUUGGUUCUAGACGCAGCGUUGUGUAGUGUGUGUGCGUGUGGCUUGUGCGUGUCUCCGUGAGCAGAGGUGCCGGUGUGACAGGAGGGAGCCCGGGAGGGCCGCGGGAGCCUGCAGAGCCUGUGUGGGAGGAACGGGGGUCCUGGGUGGGAAGGGGUGCUGGGAGUGCUGAAGGUGUUGGGCGAAGCUUGUCUCUUCCUGCCCCAUCCUGGUCCCCCCAGGAUCCGUCACAAUCAUCCACUAGCAAUGGACCCAAGAUUUGUUGGUGGGGGGCAAACCUUGAACCCUUCCAGUUAUCCUCCAAAACAUGGGGGCCGGAGUGAAAGCAGGGUGGGUAGGGCUUUUACCUUGCACUCAGCUGACCCUGGGUUCAAGCCCUGGCACUCCAUGUGGUCCCCCAAGUCCCGCCAAGAGUGGUCACUGAGCUCAGAGCUGGGAGUAAGCCCUGAGCAUCGCCCAGGGUGGCCCCCAAACCAAAAAUGAAUCAGAGAAGGACCUUGAGGCUGGAAAGAUAGUAGAGGGGUUGAGGUGUUUGUCUUGCAUGAGGCUGACCCCGCUUCAAUCCCUGGCACCGCAUGGCCCCCGGGGUGACCUCCAAGCAAGGAGCAGAGUCACCCCUGGGUGUCACAGGAUGUGGCCCAACCCUGCUGCUCUAAAACAAAAGCCAAGAGAAGGGCCGCAGGGAGGAGUGUAAGAAGAGAGAGAGGGUGAGGAAUAUUGAGGCCAAGUUUUCACUUGAGCCAGGGGGACAGGAAAAAGGACAACUGAGGAGGGAAAUGCUUCUUAAGCAGCAUUGUGGGGUGCUGGGUGAGUGCCAGGGGGGAGAGCAAGACCCAACGAGCAGCUCAGGGCUGGGAGGGGCCUUGGAGAGGACCCGGUCCACUCUGCGCCCUGCUUUUUAUGGUGGGAAAAUAAGGCCAGUGACCCUCGACUCGGAGCUGCUGUGCCCCAGAAUGGGAGUCGGCAGUGUAGCCAACACCAGGUGUCAUGGCCUUGACAUGGCUCUUGGGACAGGCAAAGGGCUGGAUCCAGGUAGGAACAAGGAUGGAAGAACAGGGACCUGCAAGCCGCGCACCUCCCUGGCAUGAGGGGAGGUCCCGAGUCAGCGGGGCCAGGUCCCUGGGGUUUCCUGGGUCCAGCGAGUGCCCUGUCCAGGGGCUGCCUCCACAGGGCCAGACAGCCCCCCUCAGCCUAGGAUUGAGCCAAGCCCUCCCCAUCUUUGCCCGGUGCUAAAGAGACUGUCCUUGGCCCCACUCGGGCGCCUGGCCCUCAGAGCGGAGGGCAGAGAGGGACCAGUCUGCCAGCUGAGACGGGAGCCAGGCUUGGGCUGCAGCCGCUGCCAGCCCUGAGUGGGGCCGGCCCAACCCUGAGGCCAACAGCAGCUGGGUCCUACUGGCAGGGGCUGAAGGGGGCUCCUCCGGGUCCUGUCCUGGCACUUGGGGGCUCUGGGGUGGGAGGGAGGGGCCGGAGAAGAAGAUGGUGCUUGCUGAGGCCAGGCCCUUCUCCGCUCAGAGUGCGGAGGUUCCAGGUCUCAGAGCAGCAGAUGUGCCCAGUUCCCUCCAGGCCCCAGACUACAGUUUGUCACCCAGGCCCGUGGCAGAGAAUCUCAGCUGCUGUCCUGUCCGUCCUGGGGGGCCCGGGACCUGCUCCACAGUCUCGCCUGCAUCUCGGGCUCCCAGCCGUCCCAUCAGCUGUGUUCAAAAGUGUCCUCGGGGGCGCAGAGAAUACGGCACCUGGUAGGGUGCUUGCCUUGUAGCAGCUGACCCCGCUUCAAUCUCCGGCACUCUGGAGGGUCCCCUGAGUUUUUCCAAGAAUGAUCCCUGAGCUUAGAGCCAGAAGGAGGCCAUGAGCACAGCUGGGUGUGACCCCAACCCCAUCCCACCCACCAAACACACACACACACACACACACACGCACACACACACACACACACACACACACACACAAAACCCACUCCUUAAAACAAGUGUCCCUCUGUCUGCUUCAUACCACCCCAUCUCCCAGGCAAGCCUCCCAGGGGUGACACAGACUCCUCACAGGACCCAGGCCACCGAACCUGGUGAGGACAGCUGACUUCAGAGUGGCUGACUCUCCCCAGGAAGUUCCUCCGUGCCCCUGCCACCAGCACCCCGCCUGCAGUGUCCCAGAUCUCUCUUUCCUCAUCCAUCCCUCCGCCCCUGUGCCACACCCACUGAGAUGGGCAGGCUGUGGGGGGAAGGAGGACCUGCACCCACAGAUCCAGAGAGCUGGGCAUCCCCACCCAGCAGCUGUCCACGCCUGUUCGUUCAUCACCAGAGGAGUCACGGAGCCUGGGGAAAUCUCACUUGAAUGGCACCGUUCCUUGCUCUUCCUUGCUCGUUGUCUGAUUGGGGGAGGCUCCCCACUGAGGCUCUCUGGCCAGCUCACAGGACUGUUAGUUUCCCUGGGAACCAUUCUUGCCUAGGGAAUUAGGGGCAUCCCUGCUCACCAUGCCCAGACCUUCCCUUCUAGUAUCCAGUUUCGCCUCUGCAAAUGCUACUGAUUUCCGGGUGCAGUGAAGCCCUUUCCUGGCAUCAUCGGUGUGGCUUUGUGGUGCUGGCCAGGAAGCACCCCCACUCCUCUGCCUUAAAAUAGUGCCCACGCCAACCCCCUCGCCCCCAGGACUUAAGUAAGUGGAAAAUCGAAACAAAACAUGAGCUGCAAUGUUUGUUUCUAAAUAUUUUUGUAUUGUGUACAUUCUGUAUAUUUUUGUUGUAACAUAUUAUUUGAGCACAGAUUCCAUUAAAGAUUUUUUUUAAACCAUCGUUUUCCAGAAGUGA